AUGGGGAUUCAGGGCCUGCUGCAGUUUAUCAAGGAUGCUUCUGAACCUACCCACGUGAAGAAAUACAAAGGGCAGGCGGAAGCUGUGGACACUUACUGUUGGCUCCACAAAGGAGCUUACACUUGUGCUGAAAAGCUCGCCCGAGGAGAGCCAACAGAUCUUUAUGUCACUUUCUGUAUGAAACUUGUUGAUAUGCUCCUCUCAUUUGGGAUUAAACCAAUUUUGGUAUUUGAUGGAUGCACCCUACCUUCUAAGAAGGAAGUAGAAAAAGCCCGACGAGAGAAGCGUCAAGCCAAUCUUCUGAAGGGGAAACAAUUGUUGCAGGAAGGGAGAUUGUCAGAAGCUAGGGAAUGUUUUGGGCGCAGUGUAAAUGUUACCCAUGCUAUGGCUCAUGAAGUUAUUAAAGCUGCACGAGCCCGGGGAGUUGAUUGUAUUGUUGCUCCAUAUGAAGCUGAUGCUCAGCUGGCUUAUCUUAAUAAGACUGGCAUGGUUCAAGCUAUAAUUACAGAAGACUCUGAUCUUUUAGCUUUUGGAUGUAAAAAGGUGUUUCUGAAAAUUGACAAGUUUGGAAAUGGACUAGAGAUAGAUCAAGCUCGACUAGGAAACUGCAAGCAACUUGGAAAUGUAUUUACAGAAGAGAAAUUCCGCUACAUGUGUAUUCUUUCUGGUUGUGACUACCUCCCAUCAAUUCAUGGAAUUGGGUUAGCUAAAGCAUGCAAGUUACUAAAAUUAGCUAAUAAUCCCGAUAUUAUAAAGGUUAUUAAGAAAAUGGGGCAAUACUUGAAGAUGAAUAUAACUGUUCCAGAAGAAUACAUACAGGGCUUUACACGAGCCAACAAUACAUUCCUUUAUCAGUUAGUUUUUGAUCCUGUCAACAGAAAAUUAGUUCCUCUGAAUGCAUAUGGGGAUGAUAUUGAUCCAGAAACACUAAUUUAUGCAGGACGACAUUUUGGUGAUGAUACUGCUUUUGAAAUUGCCAUUGGCAACAUUGAUGUCGAUACAAUGGAACAAAUUGAUAAUUAUAACCCUGACACUGCACAGCCUGUGCAGCAGAGAAGUUGUGGCUGGAAUGACAGACAUACUAAUCAUGUAAAUAGCAUUUGGAGCAGAGACUACAGGCUUGGUCCUACUGCAGAUACCGUUCCUCAUAAAAUGCAUUUAUUAGAGAAACCAACAACCAGAGGCAUGGAGAAGAUAAUUAGUGUUAAAGGGCUAAAGCUUCAAGGCAAAGAUCUCUUGGCAAAAAGGCCUAGGAGUGAAGAAAUCUCAGAUGGAGAUCUGUUGAACCAAUAUUCAUUUUCAAAAGCAAAAAAAUUCAAGAAGGAGAGUGAUCAUGAUGGCCAAGCACAGAAGAGUGUCUCAGCAAUACAAAGCCUUGAUUCUUCAGGGAAUUCUGUUAGUCAAGAAAGCUCUAACUCUCUCCCCAGAGUUAGAAAUAAAUUUGCUUCCUUUCUGCAUUGGAAAAACAAAGAGAAGGAUGCUGUAAUUGUUCCAGGAACAAGAAGCAGGUUUUUCUGCAAUGAUGCAAUUAUGUUUGAUGGUAGAGCAAAGAAGGUUGACAGUGAUCUAACUCAAGAUGCUGAGCAGGAUUGCCAGAAGCAGGAAGCAAAACGUGUACUAGAAGAUGUUUCUCAGUUUUCAGAAACUAAAAAAUCAACAAGCACUAUCUUUACACCUCCUGAAAAAAUGCAGAAAACCUGCUUCCAGCGGUUUAGAAGCUUCCUGAAUAAUUCAGGAAAUCCUGGUCCAUCUCAUACUAUAUUUUCACAGCAGUUUCAGCAACAGAAAAACAAUUGUGUGGUAUCCCAGGAAGAUCAGACUAAUGGGGCACAAACAGAGAGUGGGGCAGUGUGUGGUGAAUUGGAGGAAGAAUCUUCCCUUUUAACAGAACUGGAACGGUCAUCACAGUCUCAAAGGUCUUGUGAGCCAUCAGAAUGCAGUCUGGAGUCUUCAGAAAUACUGCAAGUGUCCAACAACAGUUCAGAUGCAGAAGAAUCAGACUCCAAUUCAAAACUGGCUGAUGAUCAACGUGCUCUGUGUCCAGUAUUUUCUGCUGUUCAAACUGACAGAAAAAACACAAUCAUAAAAACCAAGGUUCCUGGUUUACAUAAAUCCAGUUGUAUAGGGUCACGUAUCGCAACAAAGCUUAAGCCAUUAAUGCCGGCUAAAGUAAGUGGAUUAAGUAGGAAACUGUCACCUAUGCAGAAGAAAAAUUGCUGUGAUACUGAAAAUAAGCUGGGACUGCAAGCCACCAUUAGUGAACUCCGGAAAAAUUUCCAAUUUAAAAGAGGGUAUGAAAAACUUCCUUCUUGUAAAAAGUCAGAUCCAUUGUCUCCAAUCAAAGAUAAUAUACAGCUCACUCCAGAAACAGAAGAAGAAAUCUUUAAUCAUCUGGAACAUAGUCAUGUUCAGAGAGCUAUAUUCCCGUGA